AUAGAAAAGCCGGAGGGUGUGCGCAACAUGGGCUCGUACGAUGCGCUCUUCUACACCGAGGAGCAGCAGAGGCGGCUUGGGGUGGACGAGUCCGGAGCCAAGGUCGCGCGCGACCGGAGCAAGUUCUUCGCGCCCGAGGCUGCGCCAGCCGCGAGCGGCCGCUUCCCUGAGCACUGGGGGCGGCCGCCGCUCAAGCAGACGCGGGACCUGCGCCCGCUGCCCGGCGGGUACGGCAUGGGGAGCGGGACGCUGGCCAAAUGGGUGGCGGAGAAGAUGGCGGUGGACGCGGCAGGCGGCGCGGGCAGCGGCGCCGGCGCCUCAGCCGCCCGCAGCUGGCCCGACCUGGUUGGCAGUAGCGGUGAGGCGGCGGCCGCCGCCAUCCGCGCCGCGCGGCCGGACCUGUCAGUGUCGCUGGUCGGCGUGGACGACAUGAUGACAAUGGACUUUCGCGAGGACCGCGUCCGCAUCCGCGUCAAAGAGGACGGCACCGUCGACUCUGUCCCGCAGGUCGGCUGAAAGGGCAAGCAUCUAUGGGCUUAUGGGUGCAACUCCUAAGGCUUAUGGGUGCAACUCCUGUGCUGCGGUGCUGCGCGCGCGGAUAAUAGUCGUGCGCGCUGGCUGGCCUCUGGGUGGUCGGCUCGACCUGUAAAGCCGUGGCUGCCCGUAGACUCUGGAAUCUCCUCUGUGUCACAGCCUGUGUCUGUUCGAGUCUGUGACUGUGUUGUCGACCGACAACGAAGACACAGUGUUAGAUACUGUCACGAAGAAAAAUAUACAUUC